AGACGUGGGAGAUAAUCUAUCCAGUUAUAGAGAGAGAGGAACUUUCAGUUUCGUUUCUUGUUCCUGAUUCCAGCGAUGGCGGCUGCUGAUCUGAGAGACGAGCUGAGCUGCUCCAUCUGCCUGAGCAUUUAUACUGAUCCGGUAUCCCUGCCCUGUGGCCAUAACUUCUGCCGGGGCUGCAUUGGGGGGGUGCUGGGUACCCAGGAGGGGUCUGGGGCUUAUUCCUGCCCUGAAUGCAGAGCUGAGUAUCAGGAGCGCCCUGCCCUGCCCAGGAACAGAGCUCUGGGGAACAUAGCAGAGAGGUUCCGUCCGACUGAGACAGAGCCGGGGGAGACUGGGAUCUUCUGCACUUACUGUCUCCUCUCUCCUGUACCUGCUGCUAAAUCCUGUCUCCUGUGUGAGGCUUCUCUGUGUGAUACCCACCUGAGGGGGCACUGCCAGUCAGCAGAACAUGUACUCACUGAGCCCACCGCUUCCUUUAUGGGGAGAAAAUGUUCUGUACAUCACAAGGUUCUGGAGUAUCACUGCUGUGAGGACUCUGCCUGUAUCUGUGUGUCCUGCUGCCUGGCUGGGGGGCACCGGGGCCACAGGGUGGAUCUGCUGAGUGAGGCCUCUGAGAAGAAGAAAGAGAAACUGAGGAAAGUUCUGGAGAAACUGAGCCCAGAGAGAGAGGAGACUGAGAGAGGAGCCCAGAGGCUGCAAGAGCGCAGGAGAGAAGUGGCAGAAGUGGCAGCCGGUGAGACAGAGAGAGUCACUGCCCUGUUUAGGGGCAUCAGGGAAGAGCUGGAAGCCCUAGAGAAGCGACUCCUGAGUGACAUCUCCAGGCAGAAAGAGGAGCUUUGCCUCCAACUCGAGGAUCUGAUCCAACAGCUGGAAAUAAAGAAGGACGAGCUGUCCAGGAAGAUCCGUCACAUUGAGGAGCUGUGCAACAUGGCAGAUCCACUCACUGUCCUACAGGAACAAUGUGAAUCCCAUGGAGCUGCCUUUUGUGGGGCUGAGGGGGCAGAUAAUGAGGGCAGAGAGAGAGAGGGUACUGAGGGGGCAGAUACAGAGGACAGAGAGAGAGAGGAUACUGAGGGGGCAGAUACAGAGGGCAGAGAGAGAGAGGAUACUGAGGGGGCAGAUAAUGAGGGCAGAGAGAGAGAGGGUAUAAAGGACCCAGCUGUAGGGGAUCUGGAUGUGGGUCGGAUCUCAGAGACAUUACUCACAGGCUUAGCUGGGAUUGUGACUGGGGUAAAGGGAAGGAUCCCUGGGCAGGAGGCUACAGAGCUGGUACUGGAUACAAACACGGCUGGGAAUGAUGUAUCUGUAUCAGGGGACGGGAAAUCUGUUUCCUACUCACAUACAGACCAGCGUCGCCCACAAACCCCAGAGAGAUUUCAGGUUUCUCAGGCUUUAAGCACCAGGAGUUUCCCCUCAGGGCGACAUUACUGGGAAGUGGAGGGCAGUGAAUCAGGGUACUGGGGGAUAGGGGUGGGCUAUCCCAGUAUAGAGAGGAGAGGGGAUCAGUCCUGGAUUGGGAAUAAUAACAAGUCCUGGUGUUUGUGGAGAUGGAAUAAUAUCGAUAAAGUGAAACAUGACUGGGAAGACACAAAGUUACCCCACGUCCCUUCCUGCAGGAGAAUCAGAAUCUCAUUGGACUAUGAGGCUGGACUCCUGUCCUUUUAUGAGCUGAGUGAGCCAAUCAGGCACUUACACACCUUCACUGCCUCCUUCACUGAGCCCCUUCAUGCUGCAUUCUGGGUAGGGGGAGGUGCCUGUGUGAGAAUCAUUAGUUAG